UUCGUCUUCUCAUGGUUCUCGUUAUGAUGCCAAACGUCAGACAAGUCAGAUUGGAAAUGAAAACACAUACACUAAUUUACUAGCGAGUAUUAGUGUUCUUGAGCCGAAGAAUUGGCCGAAAUCAAAUGAUGGUGAAGUAGAAAUACAAUAUGGUGAUAAAGAAAUUAGACAUCUGUGUACUCAGUUCUAUUUAAAUGAUGUACAAAUAAUUCGUGGCUUUAGGUUCUACAAAAUGAGCGGAGGAAAAGAAGAAAUUCCUGAUGAUUUGAAACCACUUUUAAACGUUAUUGCAUCAAUUCCAAUAUCCACUAGCGAAUGUGAGAGGAAUUUCAGUUCAAUGAAUGAAAUAGUAACACCAUUACGAUCAUCGUUGUCGGUGGAAACAACUGCUGCACUGUUAUUCAUAAACUGCGUUGGACCACCGCUAACGCAAUUUAACCCUGAAAAAUAUGUGCGAUCGUGGUUAGCAAAAGGACGACAUUCAGCCGAUAAUUCAGCCAGCCGCAAAUGAGUUCAUAAAUUAGACCAAAAAUACGAG